CUGCGUGCGCACGCAUGCGCAGAUGUGGCAGUGCGUGCCCGUUCCGAACCAGUUGCUGCUGCUGAGGAAGCUUCUCGGGUUGGGGGGUUUGUAGCGGCGGCCGCUGUUGGGACUCGCCCCCCCCCACCCCGGCCAUUUGUACCUGGCGUCCUGAGGCGCCCCCCAGGCCCUCGCUCAGCAUCAGCCGAAGGCGCGACGCUUCCAAAAUGUCGCAGACAGCAAUGUCCGAGACCUAUGUUGCGCUGUCCAGAAAGAAUGACAGAAUUUAAGACAGAAGCUCCUCUAGGAUGACAGCUGAAUGGAAUGUUGGAACUAAGGUUUCUUUGUCAGUUGUGAAGAAAGAGAAAACAAACCACAAAAUGAAGUGACUUGCAAAGUGUUUUUGCUUCCAGUUCUGCUCUGGGAAGAGAUGACUGAAAAGACAUUCAGGCAAUUCAGCAGCAGUAGAAGCACUAAAUAUUUCCUGUUUAAAUUCUUGGUUAUUGGAAAUGCUGGAACUGGCAAGUCCUGUUUGCUUCAUCAGUUUAUUGAGAAGAAAUUCAAAGAUGACUCAAAUCAUACUAUAGGAGUGGAAUUUGGUUCCAAGAUAAUAAAUGUAGGGGGUAAAUAUGUAAAAUUACAGAUAUGGGACACAGCAGGACAAGAGAGAUUCAGGUCUGUAACAAGAAGUUACUACAGAGGUGCAGCGGGUGCUUUGCUUGUCUAUGACAUUACCAGCCGAGAAACCUACAACGCACUUACUAAUUGGUUGACAGAUGCAAGGAUGUUAGCAAGUCAAAAUAUUGUGAUCAUACUGUGUGGGAACAAAAAGGAUCUCGAUGCAGAUCGUGAAGUUACUUUUUUAGAAGCAUCCAGGUUUGCACAAGAAAAUGAGCUGAUGUUUUUGGAAACAAGUGCACUAACCGGGGAGAAUGUUGAAGAGGCCUUUGUACAGUGUGCAAGAAAAAUACUUAAUAAAAUUGAAUCAGGUGAACUGGAUCCAGAAAGGAUGGGCUCAGGAAUUCAGUAUGGAGAUGCUGCCUUGAGACAGCUGAGAUCCCCACGUAGAGCACAGGCUCAAAGUGCUCAAGAAUGUGGCUGUUAAAGAAAACACAACAAAAAAAAUUGAACACUUGUUCUAGAAACAAAAGAUGUCCAUGCAAUUGGUGUUUGUAGCAACAACUGACAAAGCUUGAAGGCUAUGCAGUUUUUUAAAAACAUCUUUACUAACGUAUGUGAACAGAAAAGCCACUGCUGGAAAAACAGUUCUGUAUGGUGGUAGGCAAGAAUGUGCAUAUGACACAGCAGACUGCAAAACAAACCUGACAAUUCAGUGGACAAUACUAAGACUCACCUGUAUGUAAACCAUUUUCCGUUACAUAUUUUUGUCACUCACCUUUAAAGUAUUGCUGUAUACUGUAUAUAAUGUAACAGUAAAUUUCCAAAGCAUGAUCUACUUAUGUUUGAUAUAAUAAAUGUUGCACUAAAAGCAAUUAUAUUUUAUUUUUUUAAUCAUAUUAACUAAAACUUGUUAACUGAGUUAGGCUUUGUCGUGUUUGUGUUAAUUGCACACUAGGUUAUGUUUAUGACCUGAAAUACAAAGCCACUGGCACUGUCACUGAUUUUCCUUCUUCACUACGUUUGCCACACUCUACAGGGUGUUUACAUGAUUAUUCUUGAAGUACGGUGAGGACAUUACCUACGUUUACUAAUCUGUCAGAUUUGGAAUGAACGUUUUAAUGAAGUGCAUCUGUCCUGUUUUCUGACCAUUCUUAAAUAAAUUUCUCUCAACUAUA